AAUAUCAAUGCAAUAGACUGUUGAUUGGACAGUUUCUUUUUCCCUGGACUGCUGAUUGGCCGGUUCAAAAUACUUAGGAGGAUGAUAGAGCAUUUUUUAAACCGUCCGUUUGAGAAUAAUAUCUGGGGAGAGAUAACUUGUCUGAGACAUCACUCCAUCAUGCAGCAGGACAACGCUAACUAUGAAGAAGGUGCAGGGGAUGCAGAAUCGAGCUGUUGCUCGGGCCAGUCCACCCCCUUUAGGUCAAGCAGGGGCUCCAGCAGUAGUGCAGACUGUAGGGUUGACUCUGAGGGGUCACUGUCCCAAUCAGACAAUGAGGAGGAGGAUGACACUACUGAAAACAGGACACUAGUAUGCUCAUCAAUCAAGAAGCCAAAUCUAAACACAAAGAUAGCCAAAACACAAACUCAAAACAAGGCAGGGAAGUGGUGCCUAAAGAAAAAAAACACAAAUUCAGAGACGAGUAAGGAUGUCUUCUUUCCUCCAAUCAAGUCACUGGAGGACCCAAAUAAGCACAUCAGGUCUGCUCACAGGCACCGCAUCAAGGAGCUCAAUAACCAAGUGUGGGAGCUACAGCAGCAGCUUAGGGAUGCCUCCAAAGAGAACAAGUUGCUAAAGCAGAUACAAGGCCGCCACACAGUGGCGCUAGAGCACUUCCAGGUUUCCCAGAGUGGACUCCCCCAGAUCCUGGCUAAACACAGCAAUGAGGUGCGAGCUCUGCAAGAACUCCUGCGCAAAGCCUGGAUCCGCUGUGAGAGUCAGUCCAGAUGUCUGCGGCGCACAGAGAAGGAGCUGCUGAACGCUAAAGAUUCUCUGAACCGGCUGCAGUUGCUCAGCAAAGCAUGCGACUUGGAGGAGAGGGUGGAGCUGAACCACAGACUGAACCUGGUUAAUGUAGACUUAGACAGGAAGGGCAAGAGAAUACAGGACUUGGAGAGGAAUCUUGAGCAGAGACAAAUAUCCUUCAGUCGUCAUCUGGCCACAGAAACAAGGAAGACCAGUGAGGCCAGAGAGCUGUCUGAUUACCUCCAAGCACAAAUCAGUCAGUUGACCCAAAAAAUUAAAGAAAGGGAGAGAGAAUUGGAUAUCCACAAUAUCUACGCACACAGAUUUCCAAAAAACUGCAACAGAAAAGGAGCAAGAGAAACUAAAUCUGUUCAAACAGAUAACUUAUCCUCUCUUCCCAUUGAGCCUCCGUGCCAACUUGGACUUAAAACCAGUAGAAUCGAACAUCUGGAGUCUGGGAUGGAGAGGCAGAAGAGUUUGAGCUGGGAGCACUGCGCCAAUGACUUCAUAGACAGGAGUGAUUUAACGGGCAAGUCAGUGGAUGACAGAGGACCAACUGAUCCUGAAGACCUUGUUGAGUAUGGAGAGCAGGAUGGUGAUUCUGACAGGGAGGAUUUUCAGCUUCAGGAUGAGCAAUUCCUUGUUAAAGAGAAAGUGAGUUCCCCUCUGGUUUCUGACGAAGAGCAAACAGAGAAAUUUGAAAGCCAAGUCCGACAAAAUCUGGAGGACCUAAAUUUAGAAUGUGCCAACACAACCCUCAAGUCUCCUUCCAGGACCAAGCGUCUGUACACAUUCAAAGAAACCAUCCAGAAUCUGCACUGUGGGAAGCCUGCCUACAGCAGCCAUACCCACAGCCUGAGAAGGAGCCCUCCUAAAUACAUCAACAGCCAGGCCAGAGUGGAGAACCUCGGGUCUGGUGUGUAUGAGCCCUCCUUUGUGACUCUACCAGAAGGAAAAAGCCAAAGGCAUGACAUCACAGGCCCUAAACCUGAAGAUGGUGUAGUCCAAAGCAAGAAGAGCAGCUUGAUGAAAGAGCUUUUUGGACAGGCUUCAAUCACAGAUAAAAUGGCUAUGCAGACAAGCACAUCCAAAGUCCAAAGCACAGUCCUGGAUAGAAUGUCCUUUUAACAAACGGGACACUAGCCCAGUCUCAACAGUAGAGACCAUGAUCAUUUUUGAUUGACCCAAUGAGGGUAGAAGAAUAUACAAUUAUUUUCAUCAUUUGAUUAAAAUGUAAUAAAUCUGCCAUGCACCUAGCACAAUAUUGAA